AUGACUGACAUUAAUGAGGUCGGAGGUGUACUCGGGGCUGGAACGAGCAGAGGACGAGGAAAUGACAGUUGUGUUCUGGGGAUCGUGGGACGGCCAGUGUCUCUGCCUUGCGUUCUCCCUGAGUUAGUCAACUCCGAGAAUGUCACCAUUGAGUGGAUGAGAGGCAGUGAGUUGAUACUCAGGUCGGUAUGGAAGCCCGAUGGAAGUGUGGAGACAUGGAGCAAUAACAGAGUCACAGUCCCAUCUGACGCUCCUCUGACUGGAAACGUGUCUUUAAACCUGCCAGCGGUUCGUCCCGUUGAAGACCAAAUAUCUUACAGCCUUUUCAUGGUGUUAGGGAAGAAUCAGAGCGCCAGGCUGUGCACCACAUGCCUCAGGACAGCAGCCAGUUUCAGCUCCCCAAAGUUGGAGAAGGAAGAGGCAGUGCAGGGCGAUGAGAAGGUCUUCCUGUGUCACUCCACUGGAGGUUAUCCCACACCUGCAGUGUACUGGCUCAUCAAUGACACAGAGGAGCCGCCCGCAGGGUCGGUGAGGACUCAGAUGACAUCACUCCCAGACAAUCUCUACAACAUCACCAGCCACUUGACCCUCAACAUUUCCGACGACUCCACUGUGUCGUGCAUCAUUGAUAACCAAUCUAUGAACCAAACCGUGAUGUCAACCUAUGGAGUGGAGGCCAGGCCUGUGACGAAUCGAGCAUCGUCGGCCAUGUGGAUGUUCAGCACAGGUCUGUGUGUGGUAGUUGGGAUCAUGGUGAUAGCUGGAGUGGCGUAUCAGAUCCACCUGGACAAAAUAAGCAAGAGGAAGAAGGAAGAACACAAACAACAACAGAGAGGAUACAAAAGACGGUAUCAAUUCAGGUUGGAAGACGAGUUGAUGAACCAGGAACAAAGGGAGACGGAUGUUUGA